AGGCGGGCCCUGGUCCCCGCUGCGGCGCGGAGCGUCCGCGCUGGCGCCGCGGUGUGGCGGUGGCCGCGCUCGCACUCGGGCUGGCCCGGCAUGCGCAGCGCGGCAGGGGCAGGCGCAGGCGCUGCAGAGGUGCCCCGACGCGCAUGUGGGCCGCCAAAUACCAGUCGCCCAACGACAUAGCCGAGGAGAAGGUGAGGAAGAAAUCGCUGGACGACGAGGUGCAGUCGGCCGUGGAGGCCGCGUCGCCGGUGCCGCAGACGUUCGACCAGGCGUGCGCCUGGGCCUCCGCGGCGGCCCUGAACGCGGUGUCGAAGGGCAAGAUGUUACAGACAAUGUAUUUCAACGCCGGUGGAAGCGAUGACGCUGACAUUCAAGGUGACCUUGGGAAUGUGCUUGAUUUCGCUGAGACCUUCAGCAAGAUGCUGUGCCAGGCCGCACCCCUGGAGGAGGGCAUCGUCCGGGUGGUGCUUCCCGAUCUCGGCGCAGCGGCGAUGGUGAAGCAGAAGUGGGAGACCAACAGCGACGCGGGCGAGCUGCCCGAGAACAUGCACGGGCUGGCGGAUUGACUAUUUGCCUCCAAUGAGUUCCAGCUCCUCGAGUGAGGGCUCCUCGAAGUAUGUCGAGCUCAUGGACGCCGAGAUGUUGGUCAUCCUCGCGCCUAAACAGAGCGAGUGCGGCAGUAUCCUCAAGCUGAUCGAUGGCAUGAACAAGGUGGGCAAGGAUAUCACAAUGCGCCUUUCGGCAAGCCCUGCCCAUGUGCGGUGUGGCAGGCGCGGCCGCAGAGUCGCACCCCUCCGCGCAUGUAUUCAGCCCACGCUCACGCAGGCAUUCGACACCAGGUCGUACCUGCGCGCGGAUGUCCGUGCCUCCCCACAUGAUGCCCGCAGCACU